AUGCUAGUCGAUCUUGACAUGCUACUUGUGGCGGAGUUUUGCCAAAUACAAGGCCCCACUGUAAUAAGCUCUCUUCCAGACUACCCGUGCAUAUCCGGCUAUACCUACAGAGAGACAGAGCGAAUCAUCUCUACACUCUUGCUUAAAGUUAUGAGCAUGAACUAUCCAGCCGACCUGGACCAGAACCCGCUACCUCACAUGUACAAUGCUGACUCCUACGUAAGUGUCUCCUACCCUCUACUCUCUCUGGUGGACCAGACAGAUCCAGAUUUCUUUCCGGAUCACCAUCAGCUGGAGCAGAGAAUCAUACACAUUCUUCACCUCUCUACAUUUUUACCAGAUAUCAGUGCCAGAGGAUAUGUUAGAAAGCUCAGCCUCCUGUAUCUGUCUUUCGACCCUAAGAAACUGGACCACAUGCGCUUUAAUAUUUUAUUUGCUCUGAACGAAGCCCUCGCACUGUUAAAGUAUGCUGCUACAAUCAGCACCAAAAUAGAUCUGGCGCGGUAUAUAGUUGGCCUGAACAAAUCUAUCUCUGAUCUGGACCGUGUCGGCAAGAUUGUCGCUAAUGUACAAUUAAAUGAAAAAACGCUGAAAUCCCGUCUUUCAGAUGAGGGGUUUCCCGAUGGUUUUAUUUCAUCUGUGCUAUUUUACUCAUCACACAGCGCUCUUACAGAUAUGAUAUCAUCCCUGAAGGGAUUUCGCAAGGAGGCCAUCACAAGAUUCACCCUACUUCGGUCAAAAACGCUUCCUUCUGUAAUCAUUGCAGCGUUAAAUCCCCAACACGCUAAGUACUUUUCCCGCCCCUAUUUACAACUAUUUGACCAAAGAGAAGUAGCAAAGCUCAUGCUAGAAACUCUUGUCCUCAGCGAGGAUACAACUAGUGAAGAUGUGGACGCCGUCUAUUCACCCUAUCUCACACGGACCAUCGCCAGUAUUCUUGAGCACUCUCCACACUUGGUCUUGUGUAAUUCUCACGAUCUCUAUGUUACUGCCAAGCAGCCACUUAGACGACUUGAAGAGUACUUGAGCCCCCCUUUUCUAGCCUUAUUCAAGGAGAUCAUAGAGAAAAUCUAUGGGUUCUAUCGGUUAUCUCUCAUUGACAUUUUAACCACAGAACAGUGCCAGAACUCGCCAGUAGUUCUUAAGUUUGGAGAGGUGUUUCUGUUCCCUGCCGGUGAGCUGGAGGAUUCCCUUGUUCUUCCAAGGAGCUCGUUGCACAACAAUGCCAACAUUCUGAUGGAUAGUUACAUUGACAGCCUCCCGUCUCAAUUUAACUCCCUCACUAAGCCGACGCGCUUCCUCUAUACCCCAAAUGUGUGUGCAGAUACCUAUAGUACUCUGUUGAUGACCAAAUGGCUCUUCCUGCAUCAGUAUAAUCCAGACCUUGUACUGAGCUCCAUAGCAUGGAAGGAUCUAGCUAGAGAAGCAGACCUAACUCGAAGUCUACUGGAUGAUCUCCGCAGGCCAUGUAUCCACACAUUUAUGCACUAUAAUCACGAGUCAAAGAUAGGGCACCUUCUUUUCUUUCUUUAUGUGCUGCUGUCGCCCCGUAUCUUCAAUAACACGUGCACGUCUCUUUUGCAAGGCAAACUUCUUGUGGUACUUUGCAACAAGCUCAUUGUUGCACAGAUAUUAGUAUCUGCACUAUCGGUUUUUUCUGCAGAAAUACUUGUUCAGCCUGUCGCCACGAGAGGAAGCAACCCUUAUAUCCACAAGGAGCGUGAGUCUAUAGAUUGCUUAAAAAUUUCAGUUGAAUUGUUCCGAGACUUAUCCAGUUUCAAAGAGUAUUGCUUAUCAAUUUCUAAGCGCAGAGGAGCCAAGCGGGCUGCAAUAGUGGUGUUCUGCAAUGAUGCGUACAUACCGUUUUCCGCGGGUGCCUCAUUCUCUUCACGAAGUCGCAUGACUGUGAAUACUUUGACUGGAGCAGACUCACUCAUAGAUGCUCCCUCUCAUCUUCCUUCUCACCCUUCAUCAUCGCUGCCCACUCAAGUGAGUAGACUGACCAAUGACCCUACCCAUGACUGUCGGGGUCAUGACCUCUAUCUUCAGGACCUAGCAACCAGCUCCACAAAUCCAGCCAUGAAAGCUGCUCAUCCCAGACACCCCCCGAUUGAAGCAGGAACUAAAACGGUUGGUCCGUCGCAGAGCAUUUUUGCAGAUGCCUCUGCCUUUGUAGAGACAGAGAAUUCAGAGUACUCUUCAAAGGAUUCAGUAGACUUCUUUGAUGAUUUGUUUGAGAAGCUAUUUAUUGAUAAAGAAGACGAGCUUUGCGCUGCGCUUUUAGCAACAGGCGACGUAAAGGGACUCAUGAUUCUGGACAGCCAAAUUAGAUAUUGGCCGAAUGAAAAGAUCAAUUGUUCCGUUGUAAGGUCUAUCACUGUGUACUUCCCAGGAAAAGGAGAUCGUAAUGCUGCAAGCAAGGUAGGUGUCAGUACUGAUUUUAUUUCGCGCAGAUUGCAGAACGGUCUGUCCAAAUUUUUCAGUCCUUUUCUUUCAGGACGGCACCAGAGCCAGAAGAGCUUGAACAAACAACCAGGCACAACCAGUCACGACACCGGAAUCUCAGAGAGCAGACACGACGAUGAGACUGAAGCAGUCAGUCCCCGAUUGCAAAUGACAGAUGCUGGCGCAUCGCAAAGAGCACAAAUGCGGAUAAAAAGCGGGGAUGAGCGGAUUCUACCACGAUUCAAGGCUGCAUUCAUGCAAGUAGAUGGAGCAAGUCCUGAAGAUAUUGAACGUGUGUGGAAUUCCGAUCACUAUUCUAGGAAUGAUGGCGAACUAUUCAUAGAGCCUCCCUCAAUGAUAUCGUCAAUUGGCGACUUUCAGGCUAUGCCAACUCUUUCUGUUAAUAGCGGCCGUAAUAGAGCGAUUGACGACCAGACAAUAUACAGAAAUAAUCUAGAUUUACAAAGAAUUAUGAUAGACACAGGUAUUGACCCUAUUGACUACACAUAA